GGAAGGAACUGCAUCGUUCUUGCACUAUUUGAUAGUUGUAUUGCUCCUAGCAGUCUUUCUUGCUGCGGAGCUGAAUCCAUUCUAUCUCAAGAGUCUGCUUUGGAUGGAGCCUGAUCAUCCGAUUGUGAUACUAAGGCUUGCAGGCGUCUUUCUUUGCGCAUUGCCUGCUGUGCGAGAGCUUUACCUAUACAUAAAUAACCCAAGGAAAGCGAAACGGAUGGGGCAACAUGUGUGGCUCCUUCUAGCCACGAUCCUGACCGAACUUAUGGUUAUCACUAAAUGGAGCAAGGGCCAGUUCACGGAGCCGUUUCCAUUGUAUGUUCGGUGGGCAUGGAUGAUUGGGGGAAUCUUGUUGGUGUUAUAUCCUGCGAUCAGGUUCGGCUUGCCAAGCGUGCGCAAGUACGUCGGAAAGCAGAAGCAGAAGCGAAGAGGGAAAGGAAAGGGGAAGAAGGCGCAGUACUUAUUGCGCAUGAAUGAAGUUCCUCUGUUAUAAUUAAGUUAUGCUCGACAUUUGUCCGAAGUGGGAGAGAAACAGAUAGGGAAUAUUCUGGUGCUUACUGGAGGGUACCAGGCUGUGAUUGGUCAUCGAUACUGCAUUAGUCAUCAACACGGCAUUGUGCAUAG